AUGAUUCUUGAUGGUCUUAAGCUAAAUGAGGAAAAAACCGAGCUGCUUCUACUCAGUUCACGUUAUCAGCCCAGUCCUUCAUUGGAAUUGUUCGUUUUGGGGGUGAAACUAUUCAACAGUCCUCUUCUGUCCUAGUUCUUUUAGGCUUGUCACGCACCAUGGAGGAGCGAUGCGUGACGAGCCUUAAAAAGACUGCGAAGGAGACUACUUCUGUUCGUAAUCUUGGAGUGAUACGCGAUCCCUGUGCUGAUAUGGAACACCACAUUAAAAAGAUGUGCCAGACAUGUCAUUUCCAUUUACCUAAUAUUAGUAAGAUAAGAACAUAUUUGGAUCGUGAAUCUACUGAAGCAAUUAUUCAUGCUUUCGUGACUACCAACUUGGAUUACGGUAAUGCGAUUCUAUAUGCCCUACCUAAAGUUCUCUUAAACCGCCUACAGCUAGUUCAGAAUAGAGCAGCGCGUAUCGUAGCAUUCACCAAGAAGUAUGAACGUAUAACACCCAGCCUAAUAGACUUACAUUAGAGCAAUUUUCAAUUGAGUGUUGAAAGUAAUCCAGAAUUGAAUUGGUUUUGCUUUACUGUGCUGUUUGAUUGGUCUAGAAAACUCGCGCCACCCUCUCAGCCAAUCAGAUGUAAACUAAAACCAAUCGCUCCUUGGUCACUCGCGUUUUCCCGCGCUACGGGCCGGUUACACGCGUUUACUUCGAGUUGUCAUUGGCUCCCUCUGAUAAUUUCCUUUACUCUGAUUGGCCGUUGUGAUUACUUUGGUUUUGGUUUUUGACACUCAAUUGAAAAGCGCUCUAGUAGGCUGUUGAAUACCGUAUUAUUUAUAAAUUAAAUGUUAUUGUUAGUAUAUAAGGGGUAGGCUAUUAAUGGAUUUUCACCAAGUUGUAUAUCCAAUUCUUGCCCAGUUUUUGUAACAGCUCCUACUCUUUGCGCUCUUGCUCGAAUAAGUUACUUCAAGUUCCGAGAUCUAAGUUGAAGUCUUAUGGUGAUCGAAGAUUUUCCAUUGCAGGACCUAAAUUAUGGAACAGCAUACCAGCAUCUUUAA